UUUUUUGCUUUGGCUAUUGGUGAUCGUUUAUGGAAAGAAGAUCUAAGUGUUGAUGAAGCAUUAUUUAUGUUACAAACUAUUGUCAAUGAACUUGGUAAACGUAUGGCUGCAUAUCCACAUUGUGUAUUUGUACGAAUUAUCGAUACUAAAGGCAUACGUGUACUUGAUAAUAUGUAUCCAGAGAAAAUUCUUGUAUCAAAACCAUCUGAAGGUGAAUUACAAACAAGUGCCGAUAUGAUGGACAUUCAUACUUAG